GGGCAAUGCAACCAAAAGGGUCUAGUCUUCCGAAGGGAUCCUGACGCUAAACCCAGACAGGGGCUGACGUGCCACCGUUAUCGAUAAGCCCCCGGACCCUGUGGAAAGAUCAUACGCAAGUCGUCACGUCACUCUCGGCCUCCGGUGGGCAGUGAUUACUCUUAGAUGACUGUUCUCGCUCAAUAAAAUUUCUCUGCUAAAUCUUCUUCUCUUUCCUGUCCUCUCCUACUUCUUCUUCUCAGAUAAACUCGUCUCUGUCAACUUCAUAUCAUCGGAUUGCACUUAAGACCCUUUUCGUGAGGUUCUACUAUUUUCAAUACCUAGCCCCACAUCGGAUCGUGACACUAAACGCACUAUCGCAAUAGCGUCGGGGUGCUAUCACCUACCUGCAUACACCUAUCCAACUCUAUUCAGCCAUCUGAGCUGUCAGUAGACUGGCCUCGCUUUUAUUUUACGGCACCUUCACCGUCUAUUCGAAAAGAUGUCCUCCGCCGGCGAGGCGAUCUAUAUGACACCCUACUCACCCUAUCCUUCUCACCAGCAGCAGCGGGAGAUGGAACUGAACAUGAACAAUGCCUACUGCCGCUUCCUCUCUCCUUCACCAACCCGCCAGUCACUUCGGCGUCAGCGAUCCUCUUCUAUCCCUUCCGUCUAUUUCGACGGAUACCUCGAGCACGUCCCUGUUGAGCCAAGAAGAAGACGCGAGUGCCCUAGCUACUAUAGCCAGCACUCCCGCCGCCAGUCUCGCGGAACACGACGCACGACGAGGUAUUCUCGGGAUAGUCAGCUUGUUAAUCCUGAUAUCAUCGACCGCUUGGAUAGUGCCAGCUUUUAUCAGUAUCAUCACGAAGGACCCUACGAUGCGGUUUACCCUGAAAGAAAUAUCGACAGCAAAGCGAGCCCGAUCGAGGCCGUCAAAAGAACGAACGCAGAAGCCUUGAAAGCCACCCCAGAGGAUAAGAUCAAAGACUGCAUCAACAGUCAUCGUCCUCUCGAUGGCGUGGCUUUCUACCCCCCUGGAACGAUAGAUCGGGAAGGACAAACGUACAACUAUGAGGAAGGUACCAAUAUGAUGAACGAUUAUGGUAAUUUUAUGCGUUGCCCCGGCAUGAAAUUCACCGAUGAAGAUUUCAAGAAUGAUCCAUUCUACAACACACCCCUACCGAAGCCUUUCGCCUCCCUCAGAAAGGCACUGAGUCUGCGUCGUCGCAGCCGCAGGGAUACUCAAUAAGCUUGGAAUCAAUUUCUCCGCUUUCGAAAUUUUAAUUAAGGGAUAUAUAAAGGAUCAUGAUGUUAUAAAGGACUAGGAUGUCAGGGAUUUGGACAUUACAAUGUGAUACCUCAUGUUUUAUAUUUUCUUCAGCAUUAUGAUAGGGACGAAUGGGUUGAUUUACGGUUAUGUUCGGAGUUUUGGGAAACGAGAUGUCAUUUACCCUGCAUGUUGUCCGACUUUCUGUAUUUAAAUGUCUGUCAAGUUCAGAUGUGCUUCUUCCUACGGCCGUUGGACUUGACCGCGGUCAUGAAUGGACAUUUUUUUUAAUGUUGAUUCGACCUGUUCCUGUACUGAAUGCCCAUCAGAGAACCCGCUGGACGUACUUCAUCCUCUCGGGUGUCGCAUCUAUACAUUCGAUAGAGUGACUUUACACAAACAAAUAAACCUGUUUGUGCCGCUAGGAGUGACAACACAUUCGACCGAGGCAAUAUACAAAUCCCAGAGCAUUACCAUUAGUAUCUUAAUACCUCCCACUCAAGUAAAGUUAUGCUACUCCGUACUGUGCUAUUGAGUUUAAUGUAAAUAAUCCCAACUAAGGAGGCAAAAAUGAAGCGCGAUAAUGCAUAACAGCGGAACAGCGUACGCAUAUAUGUAUACUAGAUUCUGUCGGAGUCUCGAUGCUGUAGCUCACCCUUGCAUAUCCCAUAUAUUAGCAAGUCAUUAAUACGCCCAACCUUGCAGAUGGUCAUUU